UUGCCAAAAUAUACAACAAUCAGCUGCUUCUACUUCCGGAAUAUUUGGAAUGAUGGAAUAAACAUCACUGCAGAAGGAAAUCCUGAGCAGUAUUCCCUCCCCUGUUACCAGUCCCAGAGAAUCACUAAUCUGGAUCCUGUGUCCAUGAAUCUGCCUCUUGAGGAGUGGAGAAACAGUAGAGUGAGGAUCACGUGCGAAACUGGAGGAAAAGGUAGAGAGAGCAGUCAGGAGCGCGUCAAACGACCCAUGAAUGCAUUCAUGGUUUGGUCUCGAGAUCAAAGGCGCAAGGUGGCUCUAGAGAACCCCCACAUGCAAAAUUCGGAGAUCAGCAAGCGUCUGGGAUACCAGUGGAAAAUGCUUACGGAAUCCGAAAAAUGGCCAUUCUUCGAGGAGGCACAGAGACUACAGGCAGCGCACCGAGAGAAAUACCCGGGCUAUAAAUAUCGACCUCGUCUGAAAGGCGGGAAAGCGCGGCAAAGGGACCGGUCGCAGCCCACAGACUCCACUGCCGUGCGGUGCAGCCAGGUGCAAGUGGAGGAGAAGUCGUACGCUUUGGCAAACAGUGAUGGCUGUACUACUGUCACACACUCACGAAUGGGGCACCAGUUAAAGCACUCGCAGUGCAUGAACACAGCCAACUAACAGCUGCAACAGGAACCUUUUCACAGCCCCUGCACAAACUUGCCUGAGGAUCGGCUGACACCGGCUAUGCAGACCUACCUGUCUAUUCCUCUUUAGCAUAACUUACAACCCACUUUUUCUCAUAUUUUCGAUGUUCACGUUCUUGAGCUAACAAAGACUUCAUUCGUCUCGACUUUACUAUGACUUCAGCUUUAAGUUAACUUCGGAAACAGAGUGUAAACGUCCUUGGGGUGUUUAGCAAUAACGACAUUCUGAAGUGUCUAACUGGUGUUGAGGUAGCAUAAGGGAGAACUGACUUGAUAAGAAAGUAUGCACACUGUGCAGGUAGAAAAACAGUGGCACUGAGCUGAAAACUCUGCAGCCCCUAAGCAAUCCCUAAGAAAUCUUCCCUUUGAUCUUUCAGCUGCCUUGCAUGUCUCUGUAAACCUGGCAAUUAACCAAUGGGCAUGUUAAUUGCAUCUUCUUUACUAGAGUUUACUGUUCCUACUCCCACCUGUGGAGAAACCGGUUUGGCAACCCAAUUCCUCCACUCCACACGAAAUUUCCCAGCUUUGACCUCUGUUUAUGUCCAACCCAACGUAACUCCAAAGUGGUAAAGUGAACUUCUAUUUUACUCCCGUUCAUUUUCAUUUCUGUAAUGAUGCCACGGUUUUGCCUUUUUGUAAAAAAAAAAGCACAACAGUGGUAAUGUACUUAUUUCCACUGCACUUACACUUAACUUUUAUGGGGGAAACACAGAAUGUUGACCGUCUGAACUACUCAGAGUAUGGGGUUUCAGGAAUGGGAGACAGGACACCCAAUCUAGUUAACUCUGAAGAGACCUCAGUGAAAACUUAAAGGUAGAGCUUAUAAAAUUUGCAUAUAGGCUAAGGUAGAAAACUGGGGGCUGGCAAACAAGAGCAUCUCCUGUUUAUAACAAAAAUAGCUCAAUGGUCAAAACACAUAUCAUGUGAAAAUCAACUUUCUUGUACAUGUAUUUUAAAAAAUAGGAUAUUUUUUUAUUAACAAUGACUGAAACAGUAAAGCUGAAAACAUUAAACUAGUAUAUGCUAGAGCUAAAUGCCAUGCAUUUGAAGGAAACUUCAAGGUGAUAAAGGACUUUACUUUGCUGACUAAUUUGUUCCAGAAACAAUGUUGCUUGAUCGAAAUUUAUGGCAAAUAAAAAAGAAAUGUAGGUUCCAAUAGCCGUCUCAACAGUUGCAUUAAUUACUUCAUAUCCUGAGAUGUCUUAUAUGCAUUUGAUAAUUCCAUAUGUGUGGUUAUAUACCUAUGUAUAUAUGUUUAAAACCUCUUAUCAAACACCUAGAAAUAAAACUUCUACUCUGA